UAUAAGCUCUACCGAAUUAACCAAUUUGAAGAUUCAUUCAUCCAUUUAAAUUCCAAACCGACGCUCUCUCUCUCUAUCUCGUGAAAUUUGACUGCAGAAAUUGCACGAGGAAUGCGAGGAGGAAUGAAGUCGAAUCAUAAGCUGGUGAUAGCAGUUAUUGCUGGUUCAACUGCGAUUGUAGGCGGUGCAAUCAUUUUGUGCGUUUUCUACAUCUACUACUACCGGAGGAAAUCCCAGCGCCAAAAUGUGUUUCGAUUGAGUUGUUUGGAAUCGGAUAAGACGAGCGGUGGUAGUUGCAGAGCUCCGAUGAUGGAUUUUAAGAAGAUCGAAUCAGCCACUGAUAAUUUUAGAGAGACUAACAUUUUGGGCGCUGGUGGAUUCGGAUGCGUCUACCAAGGCCACCUCCAGCCUGCUAACAUUUCUGUUGCUGUUAAGAAGCUUUCCAAUGCAGAUGCCAUUACUCAAUUUCAGACUGAAGUGGAGUUGCUGAGUAAAAUUGAGCAUCCAAAUAUAAUUACCUUGUUGGGAUAUUGCAUUCAUGGUGAAACAAGGCUUCUUGUGUAUCAACUAAUGCACAAUGGAUCUCUGGAAACUCAAUUACAUGGACCUUCGAAGGGUUCAGCAUUGACAUGGCAUUUACGCCUCAAGAUCGCCCUUGACGUUGCAAGAGGAUUAGAGUAUUUGCAUAAGCACUGCCGUCCAUCAAUAAUUCAUCGUGAUCUCAAGUCAUCUAAUAUUCUUCUGGAUUCCAACUUCAACGCCAAGCUUUCGGAUUUCGGGCUUGCUAUAUUGGAUGGAAGUCAGAAGAAAAGCCAACUCAAGCUUUCAGGAACGCUGGGUUAUGUAGCUCCUGAAUACCUAUUAGAUGGUAAGCUAACAGAUAAAAGUGAUGUUUAUGGGUUCGGAGUGGUGCUGCUUGAGCUUCUGCUCGGAAGAAAACCCAUGGAGAAACCUGCACCACCUCACACCCAAUCUACAGUCUCAUGGGCCAUGCCUCAGCUCACUGACAGAACCAAACUUCCCAACAUUGUGGAUCCUGUGAUUGCAAACUCAAUGGAUAUGAAGCACUUGUACCAGGUUGCUGCUGUGGCAUUGCUAUGCAUACAACCGGAACCAAGCUAUCGGCCGUUGAUUGCAGAUAUUUUGCUUUCUCUUGUGCCCCUUGUCCCUGUUGAGCUUGGUGGGACGCUCAGAGAUGAAAAAUCUCUUAAACCUUCUACAUAUGUACAUGCGUAGUCUCUAACUUUUUAGAUAUUACUAGUGGUCUUGAUCUGAUUUUGUGGUGGACUUAAAUCAGCGGCGCUAAAAAUAGUGCACUAGUUUUGGUGCACCCUUCCAGUCCAGUGGCUUUCAUAUCCAAAGCCGAUGAAUAUUAGGACAUGCCAACACUUUCUUCAAACCCUUGUUCAGAGACUCCCCCUUCCAUGUAAACUGCACAAGAACACAAGUUCUUCCAGCUUGUAGUAACGACAUGGAUGAUUAUGAAAAGCUUUUAUCUUCGCA